UACCCUAUUGUCUCAAACAAUCUUUCCUUCACGUACAAACACAAAAUUGUUACAUAGUUGUGUGCAUAUCUACAAUUACGUAUACAAAAAAUUCUCAUAGAUAUGGAGGCAAAAUCACAUUCACGAAUCCUAGAAAUCACGGUUAUGUCGGGAGAAAACAUUAGCGUGGAUCGAAGUUCAGUGGCGGCGAACGUGUACGUUGUUGUUCGUGCUGAAUCUCUUAAUUCUUGCACAACCAAAAUGGUGAAUGGAGAUGGGGGAGUGCAUGCAUGGAACGAGAAAUUCUUGUUAGGCAUUCCUUCGUAUGCAAGGUCAGUUACAUUUGAGGUGCAAUGCAUGAAUUAUAAAGGGGUUCGCCCUAUUGGGGUAGCAAGGAUAGCACUUUCGGAUUUACUUAGUAACAAUACUAAGAUUGUGUCCGAAAGUGUGCCUCAAAUGUUGUGUUACGGGUUGAGGAAUUGGGAAGGUCGACGAAAUGGGGUUAUUCAUUUCUCCGUGAGAAUGGUGGCACCAGGUGAUAAUUUGUGUUCAGAAACAAAACAAGAAAAGGAAAUAACGACGGUGAAUUAUAGAGGAAUUGAGCAUGAGGUCAUGGGGAUUCAAGUGGAAGCAAAAAAUUCAACUCAUGUUGCCAUUGGCAUUCCAGUUUGGUGGAGUUACCAAAACGUUAUUUAAAGGGGUUUUUUUUAUAUGGAGGUUGAAUUCUCAUUGAAUUCCCCUCCCCUUUGUAUCCAAAAGAAUAAUGGUUGCUUAAUUGAUACAGCUAUAAAAGUUGGGAACAAUAUGUAUGGCCUUUUAAAUUAAAUAUCUUUUGUGAUUGUAUCUUAUGAUAGAAUAGUAUUGACUAUAUAGCAUUUUAUUCCAUUUUUAAAUUUUCCAAUAAAAUGCUACUAGUUUCUGAUAA